UGAAGGCUUUUCUCCUCACGGCUACUCCUCACCGAGGGUAGCACAGGAUGCGAUCCCGCGGGAGCUGGGUUCUAGAAGCAUUCCGUAGAUUUGCUACUUAAGAGCCUCCUACCCGUUCCCGUUGUUGGGGUAGGUCGAUGCAUGUGGUGCGGAGAUCUCACCUGCUACUCCAACGUCAUGGCCAUGCGUCUCCUUUGCGCUGCUGCUUCGGCAGCCGUACUUGUCUCGGCACAGGCUCCCUCGGAUGACUCUGCAUGCACCGCAAAGUCAUUCGCAAUCCCGAGCUGGUUUGUCCAAGACGUCAAGCGUGCCGAAGGUGUUAUCUCGUUCAAUGUCUGGAACCGCGCCACGAAUUACACGGCAGACCUGGCUUGCGAGACGACGAAGACCGGUUUGAAUGCCUGCUCCAUCGAGGGGACGCCGUCGUCAAACGACACGCUCGAGGUUUCGGUUGAGAUUAGCGAAGUCCCGACGACGUCGUUCCACCUAAAGCAGUCAUGGACCUGCAGCGACCGAGAGAAAAGCUUGACCUUUACAGCAGCCGGAAACAACUCGGCUGCGGCGGACUACACCUCACCACUGCUCAUCAGGGGGUCUCUCUCCGAGCCGGUCUCCAUCACCCCCGUCUAUCCCGACGGGCCCACGGGGCACGACUCAGACGGAUGCAGCUCCCGAUCCGAGACACCAUCCUGGACGCUGUCGGCCAUCCACUACACCGAUGAGCCGGCCGCGGGCGAGGGCACGGUCGGGUUCCGCAACUUCAACGUGCUCGUCACCAACCCGGCCAACGGCUACCAAGCAAGCUGCAUGCCGGGGGGUUCCUUCGGCGAGCAGCCCGACCUCGCCCAUCUGGUCUGUGCCGGCUACGAAUUCCAGUCCUCCUCAGUCGGCCAGUACCCCAUCGUCACCCAGGGCUCCUUCGACCCGGCCACAUCCACCUUCACGCUCAACCAGACCUGGUUCUGCGACGACAUCGACGCCGCCAAGCCCCUCCAAAUCACCGCCACCGGCACCUCCGCCCUGCCCCUCGACUGCACCACCCGCCUCGGCACACACAACCAAACCAACACCUACUGCACCACCGCCUCGGCCGUCCCCCUCCCCGGCACCCCCGGCACCACCACCACGCUCCGCCCCUACGCGCUCGAGGACCCGGCGCCCGGGUGGGCGGCCACCCCGCCGCGCGGCGACGGCUGCACGCUCACGUCCAUCUUCGACCCGGCCUGGCAGUUCAGCGCGUUCCGCGUGGAUGGGGGGGAAGUGUCGUUUGAGAUUAUUUUGGCGGCGGGGGAUGUGGGGUUUCAGUAUCCGAUUCCGGUUUAUCAGGGGGAGGUGGUGGAGGGUGGGGAGGAGGAGGGGUGGUAUCAGUGUGAGAUUGGGGCGGAUGGGGGGAAUGGGCUGCCGUUGUGGCCUUAUCAGUGCAGUUUUAGGUAUGAGGGGGAGGGGGGCGGGUUGGUGUUGCGGGCGGAUUGGGCGUGUACGGAUUUGGAUCGGGAGCAUCCGGUCAAAUUCAACGGCGUAACCACCACGGCGGUCAACACUACGCUCGAGUGCGAGACGGUUGAUGGGGUAUCGCGGUGUAUGACCACUGACCCGGGAUAUACGUGGGUUGCUCCUAUCUCGGACGUUACGUGGUGAAAGUCGGCCCACAGGGUGGGAAGGAAUAAGGGAUAAGGGGUAGAAGCCCGAGGGGGAUGGGCCUGCAUACAUCACUGACGAUGACUUCAAUAUGCAUCUCCUACCUGGCCAUUUUCAGACGUGGAUGGCUACUCCUCGGUGACCUUUGUCGUUUCCUGGUCUUGCGGGUUAUCGAGUGUGUUGUUGAGUUGUUCCAACUCGACGAUGUAGGAGUCCCAGUCGCGGACUUUCUACUCGACCAAAGCUUGACGCGCGGGGUCAUCCUUGACAUAAGC